CUCCGCGCUAAGGAGAAGGUCACUUUCUCUUUAAAUGCAAAUGAACUCCCUCCAGCUUAGCUUUCACCCGGUGGUGUUCCCGGGAGGAGAGGGCGGAGGGCGGAGGGAACUUACACCGAAGCAUCACUCGAGACCCCAAACCUCCAGGCCUGAGGCCCAGCCAGCGCCCAAUGGAUGACAAAAAGAAGAAACGGAGUCCCAAGCCCUGCCUGGCCCAGCCAGCCCAGGCCCCAGGCACACUACGGAGGGUCCCUGUGCCUACCAGCCACAGCGGCUCCUUGGCCCUAGGACUUCCUCAUCUGCCAUCCCCCAAGCAGCGGGCCAAGUUCAAGAGAGUAGGCAAGGAGAAGUGCCGCCCAGUCCUGGCUGGAGGUGGAAGCGGCUCUGCAGGCACGCCCCUGCAGCACUCCUUCCUGACCGAGGUGACUGAUGUCUAUGAGAUGGAGGGGGGACUCCUGAACCUGCUCAAUGAUUUCCACUCUGGCCGGCUGCAGGCCUUUGGGAAGGAAUGCUCCUUUGAGCAGCUGGAGCAUGUUCGGGAGAUGCAGGAGAAGCUAGCCCGGCUGCACUUCAGCCUGGACGUGUGUGGGGAGGAGGAGGACGAUGAAGAGGAAGAGGAUGGGGUCACUGAGGGGCUACCAGAGGAGCAGAAGAAGACGAUGGCUGACCGUAACCUGGACCAGCUGCUUAGCAAUCUGGAAGACCUAAGUAAUUCGAUCCAGAAGCUGCACCUGGCCGAGAACGCCGAGCCUGAGGAGCAGUCCGCUGCGUAGGCGUCCCACGCAGGCCCACGCUGCCCCUCUCAUUCUCUUCAAACUGUGACUUUUUACGGACUCGGGCGGGUGUUCUGCGGCCCCCCAGGUGCUAUGGGGGAGGGGGGCGUUGAAUGGAAUUAAACCAGAAAGAAGGCAAGCGGC